AUGGCGACCCACGCGGUCCACGCCCGUCAGGGCUCCAACAACAGCUCGACAAUGUCCAUAUCGUACCCUCCAGCGCCCGGCUCACCUACCUUGACCAAUCCCGACAUGAUCUUGCCCGACUAUGAUGAUACAUGCUCGCUAGAGCGCUCAGAAUCACCACUUACCAUGUGGAAGAACGCACAGACAACCGACCUGCAGUAUCAUCCUUCCCUCCAGAAUCCCUACAUCGCAGGGCCCGCCACUCCUACAACCCCCAUCAUUUACGGCAACGGCACCAUGCUAUCAGAUAUCGGGGAGGUCACUGAGGUUGAGAGCACGCCGGGGAAACCGCUGCGUCCCAACUCACCUCGCUAUAUCAGCGGUCGAGGCCGAAACGACAGCGACAGCGAGCUCGAUGUGCCGGCACGCGCCUCCUCACCCACCAGGCGCCACGACGAGUUGAGGAAGCGAUCAAAAACCCACUUGAACAGGAGCAACUCGACCGGGUCCAACAGCACCGUCACCACGAUGCGAGACCAUGCCGAUCAUUUUGCCGAUUUUGACGACGUUGUCAGUGUCGACGACAGCAAUUUCCAGGGCGACGACGAGGAGAGUAUCGCAGAGUCCACCGCAGAAGACAUGACAGUGCGACAAACGAAAUUUCUGCCUCAACCUCACGGCGCAGGAUUGGAUGGUGAUAAUAGGCAUUCGACAGUGUCCAUCGGCGAGAGGGCCGAGGAAAUUCUAGCUAACGCUAAGAUGCGUCUUACCACGAUGGAGGGCAACUUGACAAGAGCGCGAAGCUCUCUACACACAAGUUCCUCGUCCCACUCUUCGAUCGGUUCCGCCACACCUUCUCCCCCAAUGAUAAGAUCCAUUUCCUCGGCUUCCCCAGACUCCGCUCCGGGACGCACAAUUCUGAACGACAACCUCAAUCCCGACCCCUCCGGCGUGCCGACUCGGAGAUCUGCGAGUGCGCUUGGCGCAGCCGGAGGCUACCGCCAGCCAUUAUCCGGCUCGUAUAGCAUGGGUGAUCUUGUCGGAGGCCAUUUACGUGGGAGACCCCCUCACCACUACGUUGAUGGAGGGCUAGAACCGCUAAGCGAGGACGGCUCGGGGUCGGACACGCGUCCAUACCGGGAUAGUGCAAGUACGGGGAAUCUCCUCAGCCCGACAUUCGGGGCCCAUAGGGACAGGGAGUGGAUCCGAGCAACAUCCGCGAUGCAGGUGCGAGAUCUGAAGGACCAGAUGCAAGAUCUUAAGGGCAAGAUAUCAUCCCUGCGAGAACAGGCCCGUGCCGACACCAUGAAGCGGAGAAGCCUGCAAAGUCUGAGAACGCCGAGCCCUUUCACCCAUGCCCAGGUCGAUCAAUGGUACGCCGCGCCUACGAGGCUCAUCAAGCCUAGUGUUGGAGUCGCACCUCUGGGCCGCAGCCCCUGGAACGGCGAACUCGAAAGCGUCGAUGGCGAGGUCCCCAAAAAGGAUGACAAACCGCACUCACCGGAAGCUCAAGUGAUUCAAGAAACUGUGGCUGUCGGGGAGACACGCGAUACCGUCGAGGCUCACGACGCGGAGAGAGCCUCUGUGAUUCAGGAUUACGACGCGGAGCCGGGUAUCAGCGAGGAUGCGGCCGCUCGGGGGACCGUCCAUCAGGCGAAAGCCAGUGGAGACGUCAGUGACAUCGAUGCGGGGGAGGACGAUAGGGAGGACGAUGUGGAGGACGAUAUCAGCGAUAUGCGAACUGAAGACGGAUAUGAGGACGCCGACCAGAACUUGGCCGGUAGCGACCUUGAAAGCGCCAGCGGAGAUUCGCUUUACCAUGACGCUCCCCAGGUGCCUAUUUCGCACGAAGACCGUGAAGAUGCGUUCGAUUACGAGCACUUCUUCUUGCAUAGCGCCAUGGGAUCCUUCAGCCAGCACGGGCUGACUCGAAGAGGGAGUUCUAGCAGCUAUACAUCUGAAGAGUCGGUCGAGACAACGCGGGGUCCUGUCGUUGAGACUGAGCCUGAAGUCGGGGGUACCCAUGGGAGACGAGGCAGUGGCGACACUAUCGCGACCAUGGAUACAUUCGAGACUGCCACAGAGGGCCGAUCCAGCCGGUUAACGAGCGUAGAAGACGACGUUUCUGGGCAAGCUGACCAGAAUGUUCAGAGCACCGGCUCUCGGUCGAAUACACCGCCCCCGUCGACACGGUCCAGCUCUAGCCGCGAAAUCCGCCAUGGAGAGUUGCACCACGACCCGGCUACGCGGCAGCGGGCUAGUUCGGUGAUUUACUCGCGGCCGUUCAACGGCUCAAACACGACUAGGAACCGGCCUUCCGUGUCAUCGUUCGACUCGAUGGGGACGCAACGCAGCUUUCCCCUGGUCAGUAAACCCAAGGUCAACGGCGUCGGGGUGCUCACGCCGCAAGGCACCCCGCAAGGCACCCCGCAAGGCUCGCCGGACCAAGCGCUCAAGAAUGUUUCGGACAGCCUCAUGAGCGAAACGGCCAGCAUUUGCGAAAGGGGAGGUGGUGUCGGCGGUUCGACGGCCAUUCAGCAGCUCCCAAGGGAUGACCGGAUUCUGGUCGAACGCCUCGUGGCCAGUCUGGGCAGAUGCGUGCUGGCUCUAAGCGAAUCGGGGAAGGCCUCCCCCGAAGCACGGAUGUAUAGACGGCGGAUCCUCGAGGCGAAACGUCUCCUGGACGGAAUGGACCCUCCGGCUGGCUCACUCUGA